AUGCAACAAAAAUUAAACACAACUGCAUUAAAUAUAGCAUUGGGUCUACCUGGAAUGUCUUCUGUCUUCACACCCAGUCAAUUAUUAAAAAUUAGAAUCGUGGCUGUGGUAUCUUCUGGUCUUUCGUCGUUCGUCGGUAUAUGUGCAAUAUAUUUAUUAUAUAACUAUGAUCAUAGAAAAAAGCUGUUUAGACAUGAACUGAUUUCCUUUUUGAUCAUUUGUGAUUUCACCAAAGCUUUAAUUCUUUUACUUUAUCCAAUCAUCCUACUUAUUAAUAGAAAUACCUUUGCAUCACCACCCAUGAUUCAUACUUUGGGUUGGUUUACACAAUUUGCUACGGAAGGUUCAGAUUUUGCCAUUGGAUUCUUCUCAAUACAUUUUGCUUUACUAAUCUUUAAACCAAAUUGGAAAUGGAGAAACAAAAAAAGUGGGAACAUGGAAGGUGGCUUAUACAAAUAUAGACAUUUUAUAUGGCCAAUCACUCUCUUAAUCCCCGCCAUCAUGGCGUCUUUAGUGUUUAUCGACUUUAAUGUCAUAGACUACGUGGAUCUGUCGAAAGUAAACAUUGUCAAUGAUGAUAAAGAAUAUACCAAUCAUUUUCGCCCAAGACGUGGUGGCUACAAACCAUGGAGUGCUUGGAGUUAUCUUCCUGCAAGACCUCUAUGGUAUAAAUAUGUCUUAAGUUGGGGCCCUAGGUAUUUCUUAAUCCUGAUGAUUAUAACAAUCUAUGCAUCCAUUUACAUCUACGUUCAUAGAGAGACCAAGAAAAUCAAAGAUCAAUUCCGAUUAAAUAAUGGAGUAAUUGACAACCAGAACGAAGAUUCGAAUGAAAAUGCUUCACUGACAAAAAGAUACAUUAUUAAUCCACUUUAUAGACUCUUCCAUGUAUUAUUUUUAAUUAUCACCCUUAACUUAGAUUUCUCCAAUGAUGACUCAAUGGAUUCAAAAAGAUCAUAUUCCAUAAACCCAAUUUCUAACCAAAAUAACAUUCAUCAAAGUAAUAAUAACAACAAUAAUUCAAAUAAAUCCUUACAUUUAAUUAUAUCAAAGAAACAAAAUACUAGAAACAAUGAAGAAGAUGAAGAAGAAGCAAUAUCUUUAGAAACCUUUGAUUUCAAUAGUAUGACUGCAACCGGUAAUAAAAGUAACAUAAUAGAAUAUCCACAAAAAGAAAAUGAAGGUGACGCUCUGACUAGUGGCAACGACACUUCUAUUAGUCAAGAUGUCUCAAUAGGGAAAAUCACAUCCAAGAUUACUGACAAUAUAAAUUCAAACUCAUCCAUUUCAACAAAUGAGAACGACACUGUGUCUACAGGAACAAGAUCACAUGAAAACAUGUUUGCUCAUAGCAAUGAGGCUAUGCAGCCUAACAAUACGAUCAACACAAAUCAAGGAAAAGAUUCUGAUAAUACCGUCCUCAAUAUAUCCGAUUUACAAAUUCAACUUCAAAGAGAAAAUUAUGCUGCCAUGAAAAAAAGAAGGGCACAGAUUCAAAAAAAUUUGAAAAUGAUCUUCAUCUAUCCUAUAUCAUAUAUGUUGGUCUGGGCCUUCCCUCUCUGCGCAGAUAUUUCACAGACACAUCAUGAAAUGGUGUAUGGACCAAUUUUAUGGCUGACAUAUGUAGAAACCUUUGUUCGUUCCAUGAGCUGUCUUGUGCAUUCAUUUGUUUUCAUCUUUAAAGAAAAACCAUGGCAAUAUUCUUGGAAAAAAGUCCAAGAGAAAAUUUUAAUGGAUAAAUAUAUGCUUAAAGGUGAAAUUGGCGAGGAAGAGAUGCUGAAUCUAUGUCAAAGUAAAUUAGGAAGACAUGGUUGGUAUUAUAGAUCGACAUGGAGAAAAAAAAAGUGUUGGAAACAUCAACAAAGUUCACUUAAACGUUUCCUUUGGUAUAUUGUUAGAUUUUUUAGAAGAAUUUUAACUUUCAAAAAACCUGAUUUCUAUGACAAUUGUAAUGAUGAAUCAUAUUGGAAAAAAUAUUAUUAUUUGGAUAACGAUGCUGGCCAUCUGAAUACAUGUUCAUAUUCUUCUCCUAAUUCCGGUUUAACUCCUAAUGUUAGUUCUUUAAUAAAUCAUAACCAUAAUGACGAUCAAAAAACAAUUCCAGAAUUAAGUACCCAUCAUAUCGAACAUUUUAGUAACACAAAAAAUUUUUACUACGACCAACCACAGAGAGAAUUACCAUCUGAGAUUUCUGUUCCUUGGUAUUGGAAAAUGUUACAUCUUUUACCUUUAUUACAAGGGAUCGACCUAGAUGAAUUGAAUCGAUUAGUAAAAAUGAAAUAUACUAGCGGUGAUGAUGAUUUUAUCAUCCCAGGGUUGUCGUUUGCUUUCAAGUCCACUACAGGCUCAAAAAAUAAUGCGACUACUAAUAUUCCACAUAAUCAAAACAACUUCUCUUUAAAUAAAUCAACGUUAGAGAAAUCAUAUAAUAACAAGAACUAUGAAAGAAGAAAUAGUUCUUCCAUUGCUUAUCAUGUCAAUAACCAUACUGCUACUGUAAGGUUGAAUAAUAACCAAAAUUACAAACCAUCCUCAGAUGGACCAAAUGAAACUACAGAAGACAAGGGGAAAAUGGAUCUUCUCGCCUUUUUAAACGAUCCCUCAACGCAUUAA